UGAGAUGACUGAUUCAAUUUCGAUCUCAAUUUUAUAUAUGUAAAUUUAUUCUAUUUUAAAUUUUAUAUAAUAUUUUUUUAAUAAUAUUGUGUAAUGGGUAAUACGGAUUUCACAUAAAUUCAAUUUUGAAAAUCUUAAUAAAAAAUUUGAUUCACUUAUCGUUCUGAAACUCAAUUUCAAGAAAAAAAAAAAACUUGUUCCUAUCAAAUUGAAAUAGUGAAAUUCGGGGUUUUCUUAUACCCAUAAAUAAGGAUGGUAAUAGGGCAAGAUGGGAUAGACGAACAAUUGUUUUAAUUUCAAUCUCGAUUUUUAUUUUUAUACACUUGAAUUCAUUCUAUUUCAGAUUUUAUAUAAUUAGGGAUAAUAUAGAUUUCACCUAAACCCAGCCUCGAAAAUCUUAAUAGAAAACUCGAAUCACUUCCUACUUCCAAACCCAAUUUUAAAAAAAAAAAAUACUAAAUUGUACCAAAUUGAAUUUAGGGUUUUUUUCCUACGAUUUUUAUGUCCUAAAAUAACAUUACAACAAAAAAUUGAUAGCUCUUCACCUUUUUUGAAGUGGGUUUCAACUUCAAAAAAAAAAAAAAAAACGAAACUUUCUCUCAUGCCACCCUUUUCUUUCACUUUCUCUUACUUUCUUAGCUUCAAUCCCAACAAGAAAAGAAGAAAAAAAAGGGGAUUUUUAUUUCAAUACAAAUGAAGCUCUAUCUUUAUAUCAUUUUGAUUCUAAUAUUGGUGAUGAUAAACCAUGGAAGCUGUGAUUCAACCAUUCAUGUUGGUCAUAGGGUAAGCUUAGCAAUCCCUUUGGAAUAUAAUGAUGGGUUCAUUGGUAGAGCUUUUCUAAUGGACUAUGGUGAUGAUACUAAGCAAAUAGAACCAAGUUUUAGAGUUGCAUUAAGCACUGAAGCUAACAAAGGGAAAUAUUCAUGUUCUUUAGAGGUUUUUCUUGGCGAUGUUAAGGUAUGGAAUUCUGGUCAUUACUCCAAGUUUUAUACCUCUGAUGUAUGCUUCCUUGAACUUACUGAAGAUGGAGAUUUACAGUUGAAGGGUCCUAAAAACCGGAUCGGUUGGCGAACUGGUACUUCGGGACAAGGUGUAGAGAGAUUACAAAUAUUGAGGACUGGUAAUUUGGUACUUCUUGAUGUUUUGAACCAGAUAAAAUGGCAAAGUUUCAAUUUCCCAACUGAUGUAAUGUUAUGGGGACAAAGAUUAGAUGUAUCUACUUGGUUAACUUCUUUCCCAAGGAACACAACAUCAUUCUACACAUUUGAAAUCUUAUACAACAAGGUAGCUCUUUAUUUAAAUUCUGGUAGGUUGAAGUAUUCUUAUUGGGAAUUUAAGCCUUCCAAGAAUAGAAACAUCACAUUUGUUGAAUUGGGUUCUAAUGGGUUAGAGUUAUUCGAUGAUAAACAUAAAAAAAUCGCACAGAUUAUUGCUUCAUGGAAGGUUCAGCCAGUGAGGUUUUUAGCACUGGGGAAUAGAACUGGGAAUUUAGGGAUUUACUUUUAUUCAUCAACCACCAGAAAAUUCGAGGCUUCAUUUCAAGCCCUUAACACCACUUGUGACCUACCUUUAGCUUGUAAGCCUUAUGGCAUAUGUACAUUCUCCAAUUCUUGUUCAUGCAUAGGGCUUUUAACAAAGAAAAGCCAUAUGGUUUCCGAUUGCAACGAAAGGGUUCCGAGCCGUUUCUGCGGCGGAGGAACAACUCAAGUCGAGAUGCUUGAAUUGAACGAUGUUGUUACGGUACUCAAAGAUGCUCCUAAAAGGAUCAAUGUUACCAAGACAACAUGUGCGAAUCUGUGCUUGAACGACUGCAAAUGCGUCGCUGCGUUACAUUCCUAUGGAAAUUAUGAUGACCCAAGCUCCGAACAAUGCUCGCUUUACUAUCUUGUUGCAGGUAUCAAACAAGUUGAAAAAGGGUUAGGGUUGAGUUACAUGGUGAAGGUUCCAAAAGGGACAAGUUACCAUCAUAACAAUCCUAGUGUUAAGAAAUGGGUGUUGAUUGUUGUGGGAGUGGUUGAUGGCUUGAUUAUCAUAUUGGUCUUGGGUGGCCUUGUUUAUUAUUUGGUUCAUAAAAGAAGAAACAACUUACAAGGUACUAACAAUGAUACUUGAUUAUUACCAUGUGAUUCAUUUUUGUUCUUUAUACGAAUUCGUUUAUAUGCGUCUGACACAGAUAUGAAA